AUGACGAACAAAGAACUCGACCCUUACACCGCAAAGGCUCAGAACGAUAACCUCACUCCUCAGGAGAAGAUUGAGGGUCUUCACACCAUCGUGAAUGCCGUCAAGACAGGAAUGCUUACUAGUCGCAAUGCGACAGGAGCUCUCCACUCCAGGGCAAUGGCACCUGUUGGUCCAUACAGCCCUACGCAGGCGACACUGGUGUUCAUUGCUAAUUGCGCUACUGCUAAAUUCGACGAACUCGAGAAUGAUUCUCACGUCAAUGUCUCGUUUUACGACGAAUCAUCGACGAGUUGGGCAUCAUAUUGUGGAAUAGCCAAAAUCAGCCAGGACAGAGAGAAAAUUGCAAAGCAUUGGCACGCCGCAUUGGCAGCCUGGUUUGGGGAUCUUGGUGAUGGCGUUCACAAGGGCGACCAACAUGAUCCGCGAGUUGCGGUCAUUGAAGUCGUUCCGGAGGAGAUCAGAUACUGGCUCUCUACGCAGGGAAGCGUGGGACGCGCCGUGAAUGUCGCAUACAGUGCGAUCUCGGGCAAAACUGCGGCACCGGGGGAGCUGAGGACGAUCACAAAGGAUGAGAUUCAAUUGCUCCAGGGCCUCCAAACCAAGUAA